AUGCUACCCCAAACAGAUGAUACGUACACUCCAAAGAACAUCCUCCUAACAGGGGCGGCAGGGUUCAUAGCCUCCCAUGUCACCAACCGUCUCAUUAAAAACUACCCCAACUACAACAUUGUUGCGCUUGACAAACUUGACUACUGCUCCAGCAUCAAGAACCUCCUCCCUUCUCAAUCCUCCCCAAAUUUCAAGUUCGUGAAGGGUGACAUCAUGAGCUCAGACCUCGUCAAUCACCUCUUGGUUGCCGAAGACAUUGACACCAUAAUGCACUUUGCAGCGCAGACCCAUGUCGACAAUUCCUUCGGCAACUCCUUCGAGUUCACAAACAACAACAUCUAUGGCACCCAUGUUCUGCUCGAGGCUUGCAAGGUCACCCGCCAGAUCAAGCGCUUCAUUCAUGUGAGCACCGACGAGGUGUAUGGAGAGACCGAUGCAGAGACCGACAUUGGCAACUGUGAGGCCUCCCAGCUCCUGCCCACUAAUCCUUAUUCGGCCACCAAGGCCGGAGCUGAAAUGCUGGUCAUGGCCUAUCACCGAUCUUAUGGCCUCCCCACAAUCACAACGCGAGGCAACAAUGUCUAUGGGCCGAACCAGUUCCCUGAGAAGCUCAUACCAAAGUUCAUCCUCCUGGGAAUGAAGGGACAGCCGUUACCCAUACAUGGUGAUGGCUCCAACGUGCGGAGCUACCUGUACUGUGAGGACGUUGCAGAGGCAUUCGAGGUGGUACUGCACAAAGGUGUGAUUGGCCACGUGUACAACAUUGGCACCAAGAAGGAGAGGCGAGUGAUCGACGUGGCUGAGGAUAUAUGCAAGAUCUUUGGGUUGAAUGCUAAAGACGUUAUAGAGUUUGUUCAGGACAGGCCUUUUAAUGAUAAGAGAUAUUUCUUGGAUGAUCAGAAGCUCAAGAAACUUGGGUGGGAGGAGAGGACUCCAUGGGAGGAAGGACUCAGGAAGACGAUGGAAUGGUACACGAAGCACCCCAACUGGUGGGGCGAUGUGACUGCUGCUCUUCUUCCACACCCGAGAAUGUCAAUGAUGGGUCCUUCAGAUGACGAUGCCUUCCUUCUGCAACACGGCUACCGGAUGAGGUGCAGCAAUAAUGCUGCUGCUGAAGGUGGGUCUGGUGAGAGAUCAGGGUUGAAAUUCUUGAUCUAUGGGAAAACGGGUUGGAUAGGGGGAUUGCUUGGAGGGUUGUGUAAGAAAGGAGGGAUAGACUUUGAGUAUGGGAGAGGGAGAUUGGAGGACAGAAGGUCGUUAAUGGAGGAUAUAAGGAGGGCAAAGCCUACCCAUGUGUUUAAUGCAGCUGGUGUGACGGGCAGGCCCAAUGUAGAUUGGUGUGAAUCACAUAAGGUGGAGACAAUAAGGACUAAUGUGGUUGGGACGCUCACCUUGGCCGAUGUUUGCAGGGAGAGGGGACUUUUGAUGAUGAAUUUUGCCACUGGCUGCAUUUUUGAAUAUGAUGGUGCGCACCCUCAAGGGUCAGGCAUUGGAUUCAAGGAGGAAGACAAGCCAAAUUUCAUUGGUUCCUUCUACUCCAAGACCAAGGCCAUGGUGGAGGAACUCUUAAGAGAAUAUGAUAAUGUCUGCACUCUCAGAGUUCGUAUGCCAAUUUCAUCUGAUCUCAACAACCCACGAAAUUUUAUCACGAAGAUCACACGCUACAACAAAGUGGUCAACAUUCCUAACAGCAUGACAGUGCUAGACGAGCUCUUACCUAUCUCCAUCGAAAUGGCAAAGAGAAAUUGCAGAGGGAUCUGGAACUUCACUAACCCAGGUGUGGUGAGCCACAAUGAGAUUCUAGAGAUGUAUAGAAACUACAUAGACCCAGAAUUCAAAUGGGUGAACUUCAGCUUGGACGAACAAGCCAAGGUGAUUGUGGCUCCUAGGAGCAACAACGAGUUGGAUGCUUCAAAGCUACAAAAGGAGUUCCCAGGAUUGUUAUCUAUCAAAGAUUCAAUCAUUAAGUAUGUCUUUGAACCCAACAAGAGAACUUGA